AUGGAUCAGGGAAACGAUGACUUGCAGACUGUGGACUUGCAUCCUCCCGGCGAUGGUAGUCUGGUAACCUCGGCACACUUCCACAGAGACUUGGCUCUCGAGAACGAGGCAUCGGAAAAGAUGGGCUCACAACAAACGCCAGCCGCUGUUGUUUCCAUAUGGCUUACUCUAGCUGCAUAA